CCCAAAGCAAGCUCUAAACGCCAACGGCUAAAGUAAGCAGAGCAGACUACUACUGAGUGCAGUAGAGAGUGCUAAAGUUAUAUUACAAUGUCUCAUUACAUCAUUGAACAUGGUGUGGAAAUUACCACCAGAGUAUUUAUAGGAAAUAUUCCCUACAAUACUAAUGAAACCGAGUUAAAAGAUUUCUUUUCUCAGUAUGGUACAAUCAAAGAUUGCAACAUUGUAACAGACCGUAAGGGAAUUUCAAAAGGGUAUGGAUUUGUUACUUUUAAAGAUGAAGUCAUAGCAAAGAAGGUCCUACAGAUGGCAAAGGUAGAGUUUAAUCACAAGACACUUAAUAUUUGUAGAGCCAUUCGUAAAAAGAACACAGGUCAAUAUAAAUAUAAUGGAAGUAAUGCAGAGUAUAUUCAAGCUGAAUCUAAUCCUGUAUCCAUAAUUAACUAUCAAGGUAGAAACUUCUAUUAUAACAAUGGUAUUUUAGAGCCGUUAAACAAUGAAUUGCACCAAACUGGGAUAAUGCUGUAUAGCGCUGUGGUACUCCCUCAUCCUCCACAAUUUUCUCCUUCGGUUCCACAAUAUCUUCCUUCUCCUCCUCAAAUUCCACCUGCUCUCCCUGUGCCACAAUACAGCAGCCCAUGCUUCUUUCAAUAAUUGUAUAAUAAUAAUAAUUAACAAUGUCUCAAUAAUGAUGAAUUCUUUUUACCAACAAUAAGUUAAUAACACAAUAGUGAUAAUUACAAGUUAA